GAAGGAGGGGAACCCAAUGGCCCACCUGCCCGUGUGUAUCACAUCCCCACGCCCUGCCGUGCUGCCCAGUACACACCAGGCGAGGAGCUGAGCAGAGUACAGAGAACUUCUGAGUCAUCAGGCUUGAUAAGCCAAAGGGAGAUAAGUCACAAGACAGUAUAGGCUGGGAGUCUGUUCUAGCAGUAGGUUAUUCACUGAGGGCCUACCGUGUGCUGGACACCGGUUCCAGAGCUCCCUGGGGGGCGGAAAGGUUGGGGAAGGAGCCAGAGGCUGGCUCGGAGGCAGAGGGAGAAAUAAGCAAACUCCAGGGAUCCCCUGUUCCUCCAGGCCUCCCUCUGCAGCAGCUACUCUGAACUACCUGGGCCGCAGCACCACCUGCUCGCCACCGGGAUUUCUUUAGCGGAGGGAAGCCCUGGCCACAUACAACUGCCAAGCGGCUAGGAAGGGAGUUCGAGCCCCAGUUCAAUCCCUCUCCUGGAGUGUAGUGUCAGGCAAGGUACCAGACUUCUCCGGACCGGUUUCGCUGUCCCCGUCCCUCCCCCGGGAGGAUUAAAUGAGAAAAAAAAACAUAAACUCGUUGCUCACUGAGGCUGUUUACUGAAGACCCACUGAAUACCAAACGCUGUGCAUACUUCCAUUCUUAUAACAACCCUGCAAGGUCGGCCCCAUGGCCACUUCACAGGAUUCAAAUGAAACGUCCUAUUUGCUGCCUCCAAACAAGGAGGACUGGGAAGGGCGAGGCAUUCCUGACUUUGUCUACGGGCAACAGGAACUCCUGUGGGAAGGGGUUCAGUGGCCGGGGAAUGCACCCAGUUGCCCAGACGCACUGCCUGUGCCUGGCUCUCGUUUUGAUUCUGCUCUCUGCUCUGCCUGGAGGCAGCGGAUGGACCUGGGGCUGUUUCGCUAUUGCCUGGGGGAGCUGCAGACCCAAACCCUCCCUGGUGCCGUGGGUUUUGUGGCUCAGCUGAAUGUGGAGCGAGGGGUGCAGAGGAGGGCCCCCCAGAGUAUUGGCAGCAUGAGGCAGGCAUUUGACCCUAAACAGUUUAACUUCACCAAAAUCCGGCCGGGAGAAGUCCUCUUCCGUUUGCACCGAAAGCCUGAUGUCCCAGGUGCACUCCAACAAGAGGAUAUCCUCGUGAUGAUCAAUGUCAGCCCCCUGGAGUGGGGCCAUGUGCUGCUGGUGCCGGAGCCGGCCCUGGGACUCCCCCAGCGCCUGCUGCCGGGUGCCCUUCGGGCUGGGCUGGAAGCUGUGCUGCUGAGCUCACACCCAGGCUUCCGCGUGGGCUUCAACAGCCUGGGCGGCUUGGCCUCCGUGAACCACCUCCACCUGCACGGCUAUUACCUGGCCCACAGACUGCCCGUGGAGAGGGCACCAAGUGAACGCCUGGACCCUGGGGGCCAUUUGCACCUGCUCCAGGCUGUCCCAGCUCCCGGCUUCCUCUUCUACACCGGUGGGCCAGGGCCGGACUUGGAAGCCUUGAUAAGCAGGGUAUGUCGAGCCACUGACUAUCUGACUGACCACGAGAUCGCACAUAACCUGUUUGUGACCCGGGGAGCCCCACCUGGAAAGAUUUCACCUUCCUCGGCUCUCACGGGGGUCCGGGUCAUCCUCUGGGCCCGGAAGUCCAGCUUUGGGAGGAAGGAAAGUGAGGCCUUCAAUGUUGCCCUCUGUGAGCUGGCCGGGCACCUCUCUGUCAAAACAUCCCAGGACUUUGGCAGCCUGACAGAGGCAGCCGCUCUGGCCCUCAUUCAAGACUGUCUGCUGCCCCCAGCGCAGGCGGAAGAGGUGCAGGCAGCGCUGGUGGCCUUGGCUGCUGAGGAGCCAUAAGCCUUCCAGGGAAUACUUGUUUUUCUCACUGGUCUAUGUCCCUUUCAGCAGACCGGCCUAUAAUGGUCAUCUGGGCACUUUCAUGACUGCCUUCUCACCUCUGUCAGCCUAAGAGGAGGGAUCAAAAACCAAUAAAAAUGGUCUCUUUAAAGAGAAGAGACCUUGGAAUAAAUCAAAUGA